CUCUAACAAAGAAAAAGUAGGUACUCAAUGCCAUAAGAGACUUUAUACAGAAGGGUUGCUAUGCUUGUGCCGAACACGUCCUAGGAAUUCUCUUGCAGCCAAGGGGCGGGCACCAAAAUGGACCCUGACGCGCCAACAGAUUCGCUUCAACCCGAUGUAGCUACCCGUUCGCCACAAAAUCAGCCUGCCAGCGGCAAGGACGGGGCGAAAGACCCAGAGCGCUUUUACUGCCCUUAUCCUGGCUGCAACCGGAGCUUCGCGGAGCUUUGGCGCCUUAAGGUGCACUUCCGGGCACCACCAGACAUCCGUGGGAGCGGCAAGGAGCGGGGGCAUGGCACCGAGCUCACGCACUGCCCAAAAUGUAACAAGUCUCUGAAGCCAGGGAAGCACCAGUUCACUUGCCGUUGCAGCGUCGGGUGCUCGGGUAGCAAAACAACAGCACGGCAGCUCAACAAGCGGUCGAGAUCGACUAAUGAUGCGGAGCUUGCGGACGACGCGCCCAGUAGCAACCCACCAGCAAAGCACGUCAAAAGCGCUGAUUUGGAUGCGGAACCGAUCGCAGCCUCAUGGCAGGACGCAGCACAGGCCUUGGCAGCGCAGACCUUGCAACCCCUGGCUCUGCAGCAGUCUAUAAAGCAGGAACAGCAGGACUGGCCGCCCAACAUGCAUCCUGGCAUCUUGUACGCGCCCAACGGCACCGCAACGGCAUGGCUUCCUGGGCACGUCAAUGGUCUCGUUGCGCCACUGCAGUCGGGUCACGGCCGCCCGCAAUACACCACGGACUUGCCGUUCACCGGCGCUGCGGCAGCGGCAUACGCACAGCAGCUUGCUGCUUUCCCCGGUCUUCCCGGCUACCCACAGCAUGGGCUAGCAGCUGUGGCGGACCAGGGUCAAGUGCUAACACUGCAUCCGGCUGGUCCCGGCCACCUACAGCCGCUCCCAGGGAUGCCUGGGGUUCCCCAGGCGCCCCUGCCCGAAGUAAGCGCCAUGCUGUUCAGCCACCCACAGCCGCACGACUCGUCGCUUUUGCAACCCACGCAGCUCGCAAACCAUCUGGCAAGCCAACAGGCAGCUGCGCUCCUGAACGCAUCAGCUCUGGCCCCGCAUCUGCAAACCACGCACCCGGCCUCCACAGCCCAUCAGCUGCCGCAAGGGCAACCGCAAGGCCAUCAGCCAGCAGCUGGCACCCACCCCGCGGCUCAGCAGCAUGCAGUGCAGGCGGACGGCGGGUUAGGGCCUGCUGUCGGCGCCAGUGGUGCAGGAGCCUGCGACACUUUGGGCGUGGCCCCUGUGUCAGCCGUUCCUUCCAUAUCCACCGCCGCCGGUGCUGCUGCUGUUCCGCCACCACCACCAUCACCAGCAGCUGCCAGGCGGACGAUUAGCCAGAACAGCUUUGGCAGCAUCUUCGCAGACGUCGAGGAGUUCACGCGCGAUUUUGGCCGCAUCCCCUCGCCGCCGCCGCUACCAGACGACUUCCACGCCGCGUCCUCCGCCAACGCAGGUGGUGCCGGCGUCGGCGGCAGCAUGCUCUUCAACUUUGCGCAGUUUGGGCAGAAGCUGCCACGUCCGCAGAGCCAGAACCGCAUGGAUCGCAACCGCUCCGCCAUGGGCAUGGGGCUGGGUUUGGAAGCGGGGCUUGAAGAGGACUUCCUGUACGACCACACGGAUGACGGGGACCUGAUGCAGCUGCUGUUCGGGGUGCCUGAUGAGCUGCCCACCAUGGCAACCAUCCACCUGCACAAGUGGCAUAAUGAGGAGCGGGAGGAGGGGGGGCAGGGGCAGCAGCAGGUGGAUGGGACCGCGGCCGCAGGGCAGCAUGCAGGGCGAGGUUUGAGUGCAGCUGCUGCUGCUGCGGGGGGUGCAGCUGGUGUUGUUGGCAGUGGUGAUGUGGGGGGGAGCAGCAACGGGGGGCUGGCAGGCGCGCAGCGGGAGGCGCCGGGGCAGCUGCAGCCGAAGCCGCAGUCGCAGCAGGAGGGUGGGGUGGCAGGGCUGGCAGGGAGCAACGGGGAAGCUGGUGCGGCGCCUGGAGAGCAGCUGCAUGGGCAGGGCGUCGGAGCCUACCUGGCACACGACACUGCCGCGCAUCCCCAUGGCAUGGGCGGGAGCGGGAAGGUGGUCCUGACGCAGCUGGUCAACGGCGUGAGCAACAAUGAGCACCACAGGGACAACCUGUUGGAUGCGGAAACGUUCCAGCUGCUCCAGUCCUGCGACUGAGCCCCUGGGUCUGCCGGGCCCUUGGGUGUGCUGCCUUCACAUGCCUGCACGUGGCGGUGCUGGGGCUGGGGGCCCCAGCAGUGCUUGCAUGCGGCCUGCAUGCUGCUGUAACAUGUAACCUAUUAACUUGUGGGUCGUGCGGGUGCGGGUGAGGAGAUCAUGUGCUAAUUUUUGAAUUUGUCAGAACGUACGUGGUAAAGCUUUUAACGUGCUACAGUGCCGCAGUAAGAUUGUCAAUGUCUCUAGAGGGGACACCAAGGUCCCACCAAGGUAGUGGGUGCUAGUGUUUUUGCGCGUUGACGAAGUUUGGUUAUGAGGGGGUUGGGUCAGGCAAGGAGAAAUGCGACUGUUGUUGGUUUAUAUAUACUAGUUGCGGCGUUUGCAGCCCCGUAACGACUUCUAAUUUUUUAGAGAGCGGCUAUAAGGGGUUGCCACACAGGAGCAGGUCCAGGUAUCAACAACGCAAUGGAUGCUGCAUGCGGCCUGCACUGCAGGUCUGCAACAACGUUUGUAUCUCAUGGUUGCGCGGAUACGGUCUCCUCCUCGUCGCCGCCGCCCUAAACGGACGUGAGCUUGCAUCCCAUCCAGUCAUUCUUCCCAAUGUGCCCCAGCAUGCUUGAUAGCACGCUACCUAGCAGCUGGGGUUGUGUGUGUCAUUUGGUGAAUAACGCGCCUUGCUUGUGCGGUGUCGACGAGGUCCGGUGGGGAGAGGAGGGCAGCGCAGCGCAAACCAAUGAGGGCAAGGUGGCAUAGCAGCAAUGGUGUCCCCGGAGGAGGUAUCUACGGGGCGCUGAGCGGCCCCCACGGGGGCCCUGGGCGGCAGCUGAGCGCAGGCACCCUUUCAUGCCACUGACUGGUUGCGCCGAUAGUGGGGGAGGGUCACAGGAUGUUGGGCGGUGGGUUGUGCGAAGAAAUGGCUCCGGCCAAGGUCCGUUUGGUCCACGGCGCGCCGUCGCUUGGGGCAGGGCGCGUGUAUAGCUGCAUACGGGGGCAGGUCGUGUUAGGCUGGAUGUGGGUGGCGUGUUGGGUGGUGUGUGUGUCCCGGUGUUAGAAAACUGGCCGCGAGUUCCUGUGCUCCUGUGUGAGUGUUUUUUAACCAACUCGUGUGUGCAUCCGUGAUGUGUGUGAACUGCGGGCGGUUGCGGUUGCGGUUAGCUUCCCUUGGCAGGUUGCGUUGUGUUCCGGCCCGCCUUGUACUAUGUGUACAGGCCACUCCUUGUUUCCCCACAUGCCGCCGGUCUUAUAUAUUAGGAAUGGCCGUGCCUGUAUCUCUGCGUGUGGGGGGAGAGGGUGCAGCUAGUAUGGUACUUGGUACAGAUAUACGUUGCGCGUUUGCCGCUCUCGCUUUGAGCGCAACUGUUGGUGCAACUUUUGGUGAGACCAGAACUGCAUGAACAGCAUCCAAGGACUGCUGCCGUUGUAUUGCGCACGUGAGGCGUCUGGGCGCCCACGUCGGAAACGUUGUGCGUUGCAACAGGUUGCACGGAUUGUUGGUGCGGUCCCUUGGGCCCUAGCUGUCAGUUGACCUCUCAUCAUAGCCUUUUCGCGGCCUUUCAUGUUGCUUAGCCCAGUCGGAUUGCCGCCCCUGUAGAAGCC